AACACCUUCACCCUAAUCUAAUACCUCACCCAAUUAGCUCCAAGUCGUCUUCUCCUUCCCAUUCCCAUCCUCCAUGGAUGUUGUAUAUAUAAGCGCGCGCAACCACAGGCCACACAGAACCAACUCAGACCAAACAAAAGGAACAAGAAUAUCACCGAUUCAAACCACCACCGUAUCCAUCCCAGAGCAGCAACACAAGCAAAGAGGGAGGAGAAUGGCGAUCGCCGUUAGUGGGCAAUGGACGCGGCUGCGCACGCUCGGCUGCGGUUCGUCGGGAGCCGUGGUGUCGCUGGCGGCCGACGGCGCGUCGGGAGAGCUGUUCGCGGUCAAGUCCGCCGCCACGGCAGACGCGGUGCCGCUGAGCCGCGAGCACGGGAUAAUGACCGGGCUCUGCUCGCCUGACGUCGUGCGCUGCAUCGGCGGCGGCCACCGCGACGGCUCGUACCACCUCUUCCUCGAGUUCGCCCCCGGCGGCUCGCUCGCCGACGAGGUCGCCAGGAACGGGGGCAGCCUCGAAGAGAGCGCCAUCCGCACCUACGCGGCCGACGUCCUGCGCGGGCUGGCGUAUGUCCACGGGAUGUCGCUCGUGCACGGGGACAUCAAGUCAAGGAAUAUAGUGAUCGGCGCCGACGGGCGCGCAAAGAUCGCGGAUUUCGGAUGCGCGAGGACGGCGGGUUCUGAUCGGCCGAUCGGGGGCACGCCAGCGUUCAUGGCGCCGGAGGUGGCCCGGGGGGAGGAGCAGGGCCCAGCUGCUGACGUGUGGGCUCUCGGCUGCACGGUCCUCGAGAUGGCCACCGGGCGCGCACCGUGGAGCGACGUCGACAACGUCCUCGCCGCCGUCCACAGGAUAGGCUACACGGACGCCGUGCCGGAGGUGCCGGCGUGGCUGUCGCCCGAGGCGAAGAGCUUCCUCGCCGCGUGCUUCGCGAGAAACGCCCGUGACCGGGGCACGGCGGCGGAGCUCUUGGAACAUCCGUUCCUGGCAUUGCAAGAAGGAGAUGCCAAGGCCGGGCGGUGGGUAUCGCCCAAGAGCACGCUGGACGCCGCAUUCUGGGAAUCGGAAUCCGACGAGGAAGCCGACGAGGAGGAGGAGAUUUCGGUGAACGCGUCCGAGAGGAUCAAGUCAUUGGCGUGCUCCGUCUCGGCCUUGCCGGAUUUGGACUCCGACGAAGGCUGGAUCGAGGUGCUCGGCGGCGAGCGGUGCGACGAGGCUCGCGAUUCGCCGGCAACCAAGGAGCCGGCUGAUGUGGCGAGCACAGCGCCAGGCAAAGCGAUCAAGUCCGCGGCGGUGCCAGCUGAAGGCGUAGCUGUCGUCGGUGGCCUUUCGAGUGAUGAACAAAUGGAUGCAGAGGACCAGCCGCCUUUCGGUGGAGAUAUCCUGGCGGAUGAUCGUUCCACUGAUCGUCAGAACAAAGUCUGUUCGAACUCAGACAGAGAUAUACCAUGUAAUCGAAUCCAUGCAAUGGAAAAGUUUUGUUUCCCACGUAUUUCGGUGUUCCGUUCUGAAAGUUUCUCCUUCGUUCCUCCUCUGUUCCGGACCCGUUCUGACAAGUAUGUUCUCAUUGAAUUUCUACUCGUGUUUGGAGAAAAAACACCACGUUCGCUUUUACAGCUCCGUUCAAUCGCAAAGAAGAUCAAAUAUUAUUUACAUAAAAACAGGGCACCGAAAAUCAGCUUUAUAGCAUCUGCUUUUGUGUUUUAAUGCACGAGCACACGUUUCCA